UCACCUGAUACUGUACUGACGAUUAUUAUACUCUUCCUAGAUCCUGUACUGACACAUCAGAUCAUAGCUUUAAUUCCUUGCUGGAUCAUUCAUUCCUGAGAUCGAGAGUACAGUUGAAAAGUCUUAUCAAAAUUAAGAGGAAAAUGCAAGCUGCUACAUUGCUGUUAGUUGUGUGUGCCUUGGUGGGAAGUUGUUAUGCUGAUGGUUUGCCAAUAAAGAACUGUGACAAUGCCAAUAUGCUUGUAGAGAGCGAUAUCACAGUCUUCAACUCCACCUGGACUUGUACCCAAGAACCUUGUCCUAUCCUCAAAGGGAAAAAUAUCAGUGUUUCGAUCACUAUCACAAAUAAUGGUGACGACAUUCCUACAUUGUCCAACUCUGUGUAUGGAAUCAUUGCUGGAAUUUCUGUUCCUUUCCCCGGUUACCCAGACACUAUGAGGGAUGUAUGCACUCUGGGAGGUACCUCUUCAACUUGCCCCAUCAAGAAGGGAGACAAAUUCACUGAGAAAGUCGUACUGCCCGUUAUAAAAGAGGCUCCUAGUAUUCAAGUUGUAGCUAAGUGGGAGUUCAUGACAUCAAACAAAGAAGUAGGGUGCUUCGAAGUCGAACUGAAGAUCACAAGCUGAGUGGAAGUCAGAACUGCUGAAACUCUGCAUGAACGAUAAUUUUUGUGAAUUUCCAUUUUGUCUGCUAUAACAUGUAAUUGAUUUUGUUGAGCUGUUCAUGUGAAGUUCA